UUGACGACAUUGAUGAGUUUUUUAGAAGUAGGGAAUAUGUUCAGGAUGAGAUGGAGGACAGCAAGAGUCCUAAGGGCCGUCAGAAGUUGUUCUCAAAUGAGGAGAAGAUUCUUCUGAACAAGCGAGUGCCUGAUCUGGAAACAGCUACUUCUAGUAAAUGGCUUCCACUUCACACCCUUGCUGCAUCCGGUGAUUUGUAUCUAUUGAAUAGCCUUUUAAAACAUAACGUGGACAUAAAUGCGCUUGAUAAGGAUGGCUUACCAGCGAUCCACAAAGCAAUUCUUUCAAAGAAGGCUGCUAUUAUCAAUUAUCUUUUAAGGAACUCAGCAAAUCCAUUCAUCCAAGAUAAGGUAAGUACAAACCUUUUUUAGCAUGCUUGUAAACAC